UUCUACAUUUUUACAAACCCAAGAAAGUGGAGCAGAUAAGCCAAGCAAGGGACACUUUUGCAAUAAUGCUGUGUUGGAAGUCAGCAGUAAUCACAGUGAUGCUUCUCACUGCAUGCCUUCAUUAUAGCAAUGCAGUUCCCAGUGCUGUAGAAGAAGCAAGUACCUGCUGCUAUACAUUUGCAGGAAAACCCGUUUCUAUCAAAAGACUGAAGGGCUUUUACUGGACAAGCAGCACAUGUUCCAAAAAAGCAGUUGUGCUCAUCACCAUGAAAAACAAAGAGAUAUGCACCAACCCAGAGUUUCCCUGGGUUAAGACAAUAAUGAAGACAAUAACUCAAAAAAAGAAUCAGCACUGAGAAGAAAACUAAUCCUGUGCAUUGCCUAAAGUCUUGAAAACAAAACUGUGCAUUCAUUAACUGUGCAAGAUUUAAACUGAACACUGUGAACGCAUAUGCAAGAGAUCACCUAAAAAUAGUUGCUUGUGUUUUAUCUAGUGCAUAAUGAAAUGUGUUUGCCAAAAGUGAGUUUACAGUAAUCUAUAUUAGAUGCAAUAAAAUUAUUUGCUUUUAUGCAUACACUUCAUUAUGUCAAAAUUAUUUAAUAUUAAGUAUUUUAAACAGUGCUGUAAAACUGUAAUGUUUUCUAUUUUUGCUGUUAUACUUCAGUUCUGUCAUUAAAGAUGGUCAGCAGUCACAACUGUUCAAAACAAUUAUGAGUAAUAGUGUGGCUUCUGGGUUUCUUCAUAUCAGCUUAAGAAAGUAUCACUUCUCUUUUUGACUUGUAGUGUUUUGUUCAUGAAACUGGAAAAGUACACAUUUUAUUAGAAAUUUGAAAUGUGUUGAGGUAGAAACAUGCAGUACCACUAUUUGAAUCUAUGUGGUGCACUUCUGUGUAAUAAAAUAUUUGCUUUUCCUGCUUCAUUGUUUGACUGUGCAGUGCUUUUAUUUUGUGACUGUUUUUAGUGGAGCAGGUUUCUAUAUUUACUUUCAGAGAGGAGUCGAGACAUGGUCAAAUUAUACUACAGAUAGACUGAUUUAAGCUUCUAUCUGUAGUAAAUACCGUUGUGAGCAAAAUCAUUGAUUUUUUUUGGCAGGAUUAUGUGAAAAAAGUGAAGCACAGUGGCAGAGGCCCAGAGACACACUUUUGUUAUGGAAAGUGUUUAAAGUGUGUUAGUCAAGCUGUGAAAUAAAUGUAAGUAGCAAACCUUUGGAGUUUGAUAUGACCUCCUUACCAUGUACAAUACGAACAUAUGUAGUUUUUGAUGCACAGGUAUGUUGUUUGUACAUUUUGUUUUGUUGAUAAGGAUGGCCUCCUCGUUAUUUUUUCUUAUAGUUGAAAAUCCCCACCAUAAUGGUUGGACCA